AUGCAAGAAAUUCUAGAGAAUGGGGCAACAAUAAGACUUUUAAAGCAAUCGAGGGAAGAGGAGGAUGGUAAGCUGCAACCGUCCCAAGUAGGCUUCGAUUUUGAUGGAGAAAGGGGUUUAAAUAAUGGCAUAGUUUUCCAAGUAGAUAAAGAUAAGCCAGUCGAUGAUGUGUCAAGAGGAAAAGGAAUUGCCUACACAUAUCCUCCGGCAGGAUCUCGUCCAACAUUACCCACAUUAAAUACUGAAGAACCUACACCAAAUGUGUCCGCCGUUGCGCCCUUAACAACGACGGAACCUAGAGAUAUUGGAGAUAUCAUUGCACCGGGUAAACAGCUCGAUUUUUGCUCUUGAAU